AGGAGAGACGACCUGCUUAAACUGUAAAAAGAUUUAUAACACCAGUCGCCGAAAAAUGGCGACUCUGGCCCGCUACCACAUACACACACGCACUCAUACAUACAAAGCAGGGUUGUUUGUUAGCUAAGUGGCUAAUGGGGCGUAGCAUGCUCGUUUACGUUGAUGUGCUUCUAUCGGAACUCGCACAUAAUAUGGUUUGUGAUAGUAUCACAAUGGUGUCUUGCCGUCUAAAAUGAUGCUUAGUUAUUAAAAAAAACAACGUGAAACUCUGGUCAUUCCAGAUUGUAUGUUACUUGUAACCGAGGUCAAGUCAAUGCCUAACGCGUCGUUGUAUGUGUUUUUGUUAAUGUGUGAAUCAGCUGACGUUAGUGCAGCGUUUUGCAGAAACUUAAGUGAUUGAAGGAGUUUGUGUGAAGCUGUUUUUUUUAGGUUCUGGCAUUGCAAUGGUCUGCUGACGUCAGAUCCGCCAUCAAGACCAGUCUGGCGAUGAUUUGAGCUCGGGUUGCUGCUUUAUUGGAUGUAAUAUUUAUUCAAUGAGUUGUAUCAAGUAAAUCUCUUUACAUUUGUGUCUGGUUACACGCAAAUAGUGAUGUUUUUGAGGCAUUUGUGCGCUGCGUCGCAAGACUGAGCUCAUCACUCUGGUUGCUGGCUGUGCUCCCGAUGAUCUGCUAUGUCUUAUGAAUGUGCUUUUUGCUUUUUCUGGCCAUUUAAAAGGAUCUUGUCUGUUUUUCAUCUGCUGAUUGCUGUGCAAUUUACAACGGAAUCUUUUCUCUUCACUACACUGGUUGUUUCCCCUUGUUUUUUCCCCGUCUUUUUGGAAGUGCCUGUUGUACUUUGGUCUAGUGCCCACUCAAAUGAUGUUUUGAUUUGUUCCUAAAGAGUUGUUGCUGCUGCAAAUUCUUCAUUUUGGCCAUAUUUCUGAGGAUAAAGCAGUUCGGAAGAUGAAUGAAUGAAAGGUCCAGGCCACUUCAGCACGCAAGGACACCUCAUGACUUAGGUUGCCAGUGUGUACUGGGUAGUAAAUAGUCGUAUGGACAGCAUGCCCCUAUCUGCUAUUGCCUUUUCCACUGGUUGUACCCAGUUCCAAGUAGAGUUGCACCAUUUGCCCACCCUUAGGGUGUCCUCACUGCUCUUGCUAGAUGUGAUAUAGUUAUUUUCCACUUUGGAAGUUGAGCUGUGUCGCUUGAUGGAAUGUGGCAGUGAAGUUGUGCUUUAGGUUUACUGAAAUCUCCAUUCGAUUCACAAAUUGGGAUAUCUUCCCUGAUUGGCUGGAAACCUGCCAAUGUUUGUGCCUUUUUUUCCCCCCAACACUCUAAAGUGGUGGCAUAGACUUGUUGAAAUAGGAAUUGGAAUCAUGGAAGUACUCUAUGUUGUGUUGUGCGUACUGAGCAAGACUAUACUGAAGCGAUGGACUCUGACUGGGAGGUGAGCUUUGUCUUAGGGAGGAGCGAAGUUUGGCCUGGGUUGUUUGUGGAAGUUAGGAGAGUCUUAGCUGCAUGCAUGUCCAUGUGCACUCCAAGCACAUUUAAAGGAAAAAACAUUCGGUGGUAAUCUGAUUUCAGAGUUUGUUUCUCCACAGAAAUGAAUUACAAUUAUAUAUUUUUUCCAAUUCAUUAAAAGCACAUUUUUAAUACUGUACGUAUUGUAGUAUUUGUGUGCUUUUUAAGGGGCUUGGCCCAGUGAGUGACAUCAGGAGUUGGAGUUGGAUUGGCCAGUGGUAAGUCUGCAUGUGAGCGUCUGGGUGUGAGGCCUACAGCAGCUCCUUGUGUGUUUUCAUUUUGUAUUUUUUUUCCCCCAUUAGCAAAGAAAAAAAAGUCUGAAAGUGCAUUGGCCACUGUGGAUCGCCUUUCCCACUUACCAGAGCAUUGUAGGUAAACUAAUUGCUCAAUUAUUUUUUUUCUUGACUUCACUUUGACCAAAGGGUACGUGAAGCUUUCUACAGCACAUGUAAAGUUACCUUAUUUUUCUUUCCUUUUAGAAAUGUUGAUUUAAAAAAAAUGGCUUGGUCUAGCUCAUCAAAUACUUUAUCUCUCUUUUUUCCCCUCCUGUUUUGUUGUUCUUUUUUUGUCGAAUGGGGUCUUCAUCCAAACAAUGCGAAUCACAUGUAAAACAACUCCCACUGCCCAGGAAGCGAAUCGACUGAGAGGAUUUGCUGAAUCAAUAUGAAAUGGGAGCGGUGGCAUUGCAUGGCAUUAGUUGAUAAAUAUUUUAACGCAAAUUUCCUGGUUGUAGGCCUGUUGAUUAGCGGUCAGUAUGGCGGUAGUCAUCAGACUGCAAGGUCUGCCCAUAGUGGCCGGCACCAUGGACAUCAGGCACUUCUUCUCUGGCCUCACCAUCCCUGAUGGGGGCGUGCACAUCGUGGGUGGCGAGCAUGGCGAGGCCUUCAUUGUCUUUGCCACCGACGAGGACGCUCGGCUGGGAAUGAUGCGCACAGGUGGGUCCAUUAAGGGCUCCAAAGUGUCGUUGUUGCUCAGCAGCAAGACAGAAAUGCAGAACAUGAUUGAGUUGAGCAGGCGGAGGUUUGAGGGUGGCACGGCCGCACCCGAGACCGCCACACCUACAACGGCUAAUCGCCCAACUUCCGCGGCAGCUAUACCCACCAUACAGUCGGGCGCAGCGGGAAGAAGUGGUAGCCACGGAAACCCCAGUUUCAGUAAUACUCCCGCAGUGGUGACUGUAAGCUCUUCACAGGAGACUCCGAUUCACAAAGCCACUGCUAGCCUGGCGAGUAUGGUGCCCAACUUUCCUCAUGGCUACAACGCUGCCCCCGCCAUUACAACAGCCCUGACGUCUCUCAACGCAGGCCCUCCGCUCAUCGCGCCCAUGCCCUCCAUGCCAACGAUGGCCACGUUACCCACGGUUCCUCCUCCUGUGUCGUCCUUACCCCCUGUCCCUGCUGUCAGCCAACUUUCCCAUGGGCCUCCUGUACCCCCAAUGUCCCACCUGUCACAUAUGUCCUCUUUGCCACCUUUCAACCCCACCAUGCCCCCACCCGGAGGACUUGCCACAGGCCUGCCCCUCAGUACCCCAAACCCGAUGCUGUUCAAUCCCCUCAGUCCUCUUGCGUCUCUGGGCCUCCAGGCUCACAUGAAGGCGGCUGCAGCCACAGCCACUGCAAUUGGUGCGUCCAAUCCAGAUGAUUUGUUUGUCCUCUUGCAGAACCUCUCAUUCUCCUGUUCAGAGAUGGAGAUCAGGGAAUUUUUUCGGGGUCUGGGGGUGGACGGCGUGCGCUUGUUGAGAGACGGCCAAGGUCGUCCGACCGGCCGAGCCAUGGUCAAAUUUUUCUUUCCCCAAGAUAGCUUUGAAGCCGUGAAGCGGGGUGGUGGCAUGAUGGGUCAAAGGUUCAUCGAGGUCACCCGGAGCUCUGAGAGGCAAUGGGCCACCCUCAAUCACAACCCGAUGGGUCUGACUUCUCAAAAUAUUGCUAAACCAAACAUUCAAGACCAGAACCAACGCCAUACUCAAGCCAGCGACAUGGGCCGGGAACAGCGAGGGAGGUCUAGAUCUCCACAUCGUCAAGAGUUCUGUGUUUACCUGAAGGGCCUCCCUUACGAGGCUGACAAAAAACAGAUCAAGGAGUUCUUCAAGAACUUGUCCGUGGUGGAGGACACUAUGUACAUCGCCUACGGCCCCAAUGGACGAGCCACAGGAGAAGGCUUUCUGGAGUUCAAAACGGAGCAGGAUUACAAGACUGCACUGGGUUCCCACAUGCAGUACAUGGGUUCUCGCUUCAUCCAAGUGCACCCCAUCAGCUACAAGGGAAUGCUGGAAAAGAUUGACUCCAUUCGUAAGCGCGAAGCAAUGCAGAAUGAUGGCAAGAACCAGGAUGGCCUCAAAACGCCAAGAAACUGCGCUCAUAUCACCAACAUCCCUUACAAUAUCUCCAAGAAGGAUGUGCGUGCCUUCCUGGAGGGCAUUGGGCUUUAUGAAGACACGCUAAAGGUUCUGACCGAUAGCCACGGCAAUGGUUUAGGGCAGGCGGUCUUCCAGCUUCAGACCGAGGAAGACGCCCGUAAAACGGAAAGACUUCACCGCCAGAAGCUCAAUGGCCGUGAUGCAUUUGUUCAUCUCGUGACCUUUGAACAGAUGAAGGAAAUUGAGAGGAACCCUCCGCCCCAAAACAAGAGAGGCCAAAGAAAUCAAAUCCAGACCCAGCAGGGCCAGAAGCAUGGCCAAGCCCAGCACCUGCAGGCCCAGGCGGUUCCGCAGCAGCCCCAGCUCAAUCCCUUCACAGGGAUUGGCGGUGAGGAAUUUAACUUCCUAAGAACCACAAUGGGAAACAUCAACAGUUCUCCAUUUGUCACUCCGUUCUCCACUCCUGGAAACGGUGUAGCGGGACCACCUCCCCUGCCCCCGUUGGCAGUAGGACUUGGCGAAGUCAAUCUUGCGGUCGCUCCUCCACUCAUUGCAGGUCUUCCCGGAGCUCCACUUCUUGAGCCGCCGGGUUUUCGACCGGGUGCGCCAGGGGGGCCUGCGUUUGGUCAUGAUGGGCUGAGGGGCUUGGUACCCUUUGACAACAGCAUCAGGAAACCAAGUGGAACAGUACAGAACAGAGGUGGACUUGGGGCUAACAACAACAACCAAGCACGUCAAGGGGGAGCGCCUCCCGGUGGACCUCCAGGUUUCAACCCAGGCGCAGAGGGUCUCUCCACUGUCCCCGGGGCACCCAACAACUCUAACAGUCAGCGCUCUGCCGCCUCCGCUGCUGCCCCAACAAUAGUCAAGCUGCAGAACAUGCCCUUCACCGUCACCGCCGACGAGCUCAUGGACUUCUUCUACGGCUACGACGUGCUCCCUGGAUCCGUCUGCUUGCAGUUCAGUGACAAAGGCAUGCCCACCGGCGAGGCCAUGGUAGCCUUCCAGAACCCGGAAGAGGCCGCCGCCGCCGUUAUGGAUCUAAACGACAGGCCCAUUGGAGCACGGAAAGUCAAAAUUAGUCUUGGUUAAGGAACCUCCUCGUCUCAAGACCCUAACUGCACAGACUGACUCUAAAUGUACCCCUUUUAUGCUGAGCCGGUGCCGGUUGGGUACUGGUGGUGAAAGUUUGCUGGCUUCGUGUUGACUGGUUGAUAGUGGAGUUUCGUGCAUUCGCUACUUGGUAUUGAUGGGUCUCUGUAAUUGUGAUGUGUUCACAAAAAUUCACCCUAACAGCACACAUCUCACGUCACCAGGAGCAGUUCUGAAUCCAUGUUUAUAUCCAGCAAGACAAAACCAAAUGAAUUAAAAAAAAAAACAAAACAAAAAACAUCAUUCUAACCGAAGAUGCUGAUUAUGAAAGGAAAAUGUGGCGAUAGCUCCGGGCUUGUUUUACUUGUCAAACGGGGGCAGCAAUACAAGCGGUGAAGGCCCUGAGCAGAUUUUCAUGGCAAAAGGUCCAACAUGUACUCGAUGCAAGCAACAGAAUAGAGAGUUCGGAAAAUAGCCUCAAUCUUCUGCCAGUGGAAGAUGCUGCAAGGCUGGCCUCAGUAUUUUAGCUCCUAGUGCGUUUACGGUUAAAAUAGCAAAAACUCCAAAGAACUGGGACUUAUUUUUGCCACUAAUUCGGAACAAGUUCUUAACCCUUUUGAAAGCAUUGCACAACCACUUCAAGACUUGUAUGUUCCAUUGUUCAGGCCAUUUCGAAGUCACUAACUUGAUGACCAUGACGAUGACAAAUUGCCUGGGGAAAAAUGCAGAAUUGUGUUCUGUCGCUAGGGUAACACUCAUGUUGCUGCCUCGAUGCGUGUACAUCAUGUGUCCCAGCUGAGGUUCUUUCACAUUUGCGGUCGCUACGCUAGUGCCGCCACAUGCUGUGUUGCUACGCUAAUAUCGUUACUUGUUGUUAUUGUUGCGGUUAAAACGCGUGCGUUUCCGUUUGUUCUCUUGCUGUCAAACUCAAUGAACUCUGCUGUUGUGCUUAUUCCACACGAAAUGUCUGCUCUUUUUAUUUCUCUGCUUCUGUGUCGCGUUGAUGAUGAUGGUGGAAAGCAACUAGAAGUUGUCACUGCAGCUGCAAAGUGGUGGAAAAUGUUUGCCAAGUUUCCAGUAAAUGUCCAUGGGAAGGUAAUCUGGAGAAUUUUUAUGUUUGGUACCUGUCCUUUCGAAUGAUAAGAAUUCAUUGGAAUUGAAGGUAAUGGUAUUCAAGAAGCGCAUCGUAUUCAAGAAAAUAUGUAACACGGUGCCUUGAGACACCCUUGACCCAUCUUAAGAGUUUUUGUAAAUACGAGUUGUCAUUUUUGCUUCCACUUUGUGCAAAUAUUUGACCGACAGGUGCUGUACGGUGGAAGCAAACUUAACUCACGUCACAACAAGCAACAGUUUGGCAAAUACUGAGCAAUUCUUUAAAAAAAAAGAAAAAAGUGUCUUUAAAAUGUUAAUUUAAAUUUACUGGUACUGCCCGUUGAAGUUUACUGUACAACUAAACAAAAUGACACAUUGAAACAAGACGAUAUAACAAAACAGUAUUCAGAGGCAUAUAAUCUUUAUUUCGGAGAAGAUGGGACUGCAUCAAUGUAGCCGACUAAAUUCCCGUAUGUCUGGUUGUCAAGCC